GUAUUCUGAAGAAACGACGUGUGGUGACUCCGUCUUCUGCUCUCCUCGAACACGCUGCGUCUCAAUGAACUCUUCUUGUGCACCCUUCUAGAACCGUCGUCCCGAAUAGAAGAAUUGCUUUGUCCUUUUAAUAUUUCUACGUUUGCGUUUUGUUGUUUUUGACGAAUGUGCAUCCAAAUCAAACUGGAGGUUUCAUCAGAGUUGGUCCGAAAAGUUAAAAGCUAUGACUCUCAUUCUUUAGAAGUUCUGUGUGACCAAGAAAUCAAAAACCGCAUUGAAUAUCUCGAAACAGUAGUGAAGGCUUGGAAAACGUAUAGGAAAGUGGAAAAUGAGCAGCGUCACACACUGUUCUUAUUGCUAUUGUCAGGAAACAAAGACGCUUUACAUGAUUAUGAGAAACUUGUUUUGUACGCUAAAAUGAUUGAGAAUGAUCAAAAUGAGCAUGUCGGAGAUGUCAGUAUUGCAGCAAAUCAAGCAAAAAUCACGGAUAGAGAGUCGACAACUUCAACAAUCGAACUUGGCGCAGAAUCAGACUGCUCAACGGUUGCAGAAUCCGACUCAUUUUCUCCAAUUCCUCAUCAAUAUAACGGUGGAAACCAAACGAGUCAAUGUGGAAAUGUAAUUUCUACAGAAAUAUCCAAAAAACUUGUUGAAAAAUCAGCUAUCUCCAGCCACAAGAAUUCAGAUUCUAUUGUCCAAGCGGAGUUUCCCGAGGAUGAAACCGUUAUGGGUGCAUAUAAUAACAGUGAUUUAUCGAAUAAAAUUGCUUUCACGGCCAGUCAAUUAAAAAACGUUUUGGAUGACGCAGAAGUUCUGAAAACAUUUCGUUAUGAAGAAAUCAGUGAAAGUUUGGAAAAGUUGAAAUGUAGUGCCGCAAACAUGGGAAUAAAGCAAAUUGAAAAGACAAUGUCUAAAGGGAAAAAGAAAAGAGCCAAGAAAGCAGAACGAAAAGCGUCAGAGGUUGCCAAUGCACAUAAAAAAUGGUUGGAGCAAAAAUCGGGAAGUAGUCGACAAGCUGAGCUUGCUGCAAAUGCUUUGAGGCUUUUACAAGAACAUAACACGUUGCCGAUGACAGAACAUUCUAAAAAGGUCUCUGGCGGUUUAUCAGCAUCAGUUGGCACAAAUUUUUAUGGAAAUUGUAAGGAAUCUAUAAGAUCAAGAGUUGAAGAAAAAUACAACCAAUUAUUCAUUGAUCGAAUUCGAGAACUGACGGAAAAGCUGGAAUGGUCUUCAGAAUCGCCAGAAAAGAACCGACAGUUUACCAAAACUGACGAGUUGACAGUUGUAAAAGCGCACAUUGUCAGAAAGUUGGAUUACUGGAAAAAGUCUACUCAACCGCAAGCUGCUCAUUACACUGAAAUGUAUCAACUUCUUUUCGAAAAAUGCGGACCCUCUAUCUCGGACGUGAUCAUGAAUUACAUGCGAUAUGACACACUCCCAGAAGCUGAGUUCGAACAAACUUUGCUUCUGCAAUAUCAAUCUGGAAAGUUAUUUGAGAAGGACGAAAGCUCUUCUUAGCAUUUUAAAUUCAAUUAAGUUUUUUGUUUUAUUUCAUUUUCAAAUGUUUUUGUUUUUGUUUUGUUUAUUUGCAGUAAUGAUAAGGUAUUCAUAAAGUAUUAAUUUCGAUAA